CAUAAAUAGUAGUUUGUAUAACAAAAAUUCUAUAAUACCCUUUUUUUCAAGACUAAAGAAAUAAUGAUUUGUGUAAUUAUAUAUUUAAUUUUUUUAUUUUUACAAACCUCAUUAAGAAGAUUUAUGAGUACAACUUUUAUGUUUGAUAAAUUAAUGGGUGAUUUGCCAAUACAAAUUAUACGAAUUGUACCAUAUACCAGAUAGUUCGGAAGCGAAAUCAAUGCUUUCUCCUUUAAAUACUCAUCAUUAUCUAAUAGCUCUCUUUCAUCCUCCUUUAGAGACUUAAACGCGUUUUUUCUUUUUACAUAUUCUUUAUCUUCUCCUUCAUUACAACCCAAAAGAAAUAAAAAAGAACAAAAAAAUAACCCUGCACUUUUCACUUUCCUUUUUUUUAUUUUUUUAUUUUCUUUCUAUUAAAAUCUUGAAAAUAAAAAAUACAAACUAUAGUGAAAGACAAAAACAAGAAAGGUAAGCCAAAUCUUGUUUUCCGUCAUCUUCUCUCCUCUCUAAUACAAUGAGAGGAGAGGAUAUGAUUAUGUACAUGUACAUUUGAUAAAUCAUAGCAUGAAUUAGAUCUAACUGACUAAAAAAAAAAAAAAGAUAACAAGAGGUAAAAGAGAACAAUAAAUCAAUAUAAAAGGGGGGGGAAGGUUGUAUAUUUUCCACAAUUGGAGGUCAUAUGCCUAGGAUGAUAAAGAAGAAGGAUGAAUUUUCUAUGGAUUAUCACCAACAAACAGCUUCAUCCAAGAAAAAAAGCAUCAUUAGAAGUUGUCGAAAAUGUGGCAGUGGAGAUGAACAUGGAAAUAUAUGCGGCAAUACAGAUAGCAAUAACAAUGAACGCACAUUCAAAAGGGGGCCAUGGACGGCUGAGGAGGAUGCUCUAUUAAUUGACUACGUCCAAAAACAUGGAGAAAGACAUUGGAAUUGUGUGCAAAAUAUGGGAUUAAUAAGAUGUGGAAAAAGUUGUCGACUUAGAUGGACAAAUCAUUUGCGACCGGAUCUAAAAAAGGGUGCAUUCUCCCCUGAGGAAGAAAGAAUUGUUCUCGAACUACAUGCUAAGCUUGGUAAUAAAUGGUCAAAAAUUGCAGCUGAGCUACCAGGAAGAACAGACAACGAGGUGAAGAAUUUUUGGAACACAAAAAUCAAAAGGAGGAUAAAAGCUGAAGCAUCAAUAUUAAACUCAGAAGGAAACAACCUCAAACAAAUUGGAAAGUUUGGUCAUCAUUUCCAACAUCGAAAAAAUCCACAAAAUCAUAUUUAUCAAGAAUUGUCAAUUUCAUUACCUAUUACUUCACAUUCUUCUACCUCUCCUUUCUCAACCCCAACAUCAUAUCCAGUGUCAGAUGUUUUAUCUAAUUCGGGUUACAAUAUCAUAAACUCAAUUGGAAUUAAUGAUCCAAUUUCGUCUUUCCUCAAUAAUCCAGCUUAUAAAUCCAAACUUAUGCUUGAAAAUGAAGCAACACAAUAUGAUGCUAAUAGUUUUGAUAUAACUUUUCCCAUAAUUCCUAAGUUCUCAUUGACACCUAAUUCCAACAUUACAUCUAUCACCAACCGCAGCCACAGGGACAAUUCUUUUGAGGCGUCAAGUAGUAUGUUCACUGAAAACUUUGUUGACAAUGGUAUGUUAACAAGCAAUAGAACAUCACUUCCUUUACAUCAAAUGAUUCAGGAGGAAAACUUACUUGCAACAUUUCCUUCAAAUGUUGUUUCCUAUACAAACAAUAGAUUCAAUAACAUGCGCACCUCAUGGUCAAUUGGGAUCAACUCAGCAGAACAAAAUUCAUCAAUUAUCAAUGAAGAGAAAUCAAAUAUAUAUAAUGAUCCAAAUGGAAAAGAUGGAGUAAUGACCAUGAUUUCGUUGGACAACAAUGUGGAUGAUUCAAGACUAUUGGAUGAACACAAUUCUAAUUUAUUCUCAAUUGGGAUGAAGAACUCUAAUAAGGAGCAAUAUGAGGAAACGAUAUCCAUGGAUGAUGAUCUUUCAAGCUUGCUAUAUGAUUUUUCAGUUACUAAUUCACCUCUCCUUUGAUAUGAUAUAAAAGAUAAAAUAUGCAAGGUAUUGCUAGGACAAAAAAAAUUAAAAGUAAAUAAAUAAAUAAAACGAAUGUGUUAUCUACUACUACAACAAAUAUUUUUUUGUUGCUGAAAAUAUAUAUCA